AUGCUCCCGAUUGUGCUCGAACCGUCCCAGAUUGCUGGGUUUUUCGUGUUUAUUGCCUCGCUCAGCGGAAUUCUCGCUAAUGGAGCCGUGGUUUGGUGGGUCACGAAAUUGCCGUUGAUGCAGAAUUCCUUCGGCCGACUCGCCAGAAAUCAAGCCCUUGCCGGAUUCUGUCAUGGCUGCGGCUUUCUAUUCUAUUUUUCUCCUAUGCUAAUGAUGAAAUUAACGUUGCUAAAAAGCGCUGAGGUAUCGGCUUAUUUCGGGCAUUUUCAGCUGAUUUGCUAUGAUGCUUGUAACGCUAGCCACUUCUUCAUCUCCUUAAACCGCGUAACCGCUAUAUUCUUUCCGCUACACUACGACUACUUUUUCACACGGCGAAAUGUGCUAUUUUUGAACAUUCUCGCAUGGCUGUACGCGUUUUUGCCGAGUAUUUGGGCUUAUCGAAUAGCCGACUGCCGCCUCAUUUACAGCAACGAAUCUUGGGGUUACGUUUUUGCUGGUGGUGAAAUUUGCGGUCCGAUCGGAUGGUGGUACGACGUCUACAAGACCGUUGCCACAAUAGCCCUUAUCGUUCUCCUCGAUCUGACCACUUUUGUGAAAUGCCGGAUUCAUGGGAGCCAGCUGAUCGACCGGAUUUCCGACGCGCAGACACGGGCACGAAAGAAAAACGAGAUCCACUUUGUCACACAGGCUUAUCUCCAGGGUUCGAUAUUCCUCCUUGAGCUCGCCACCUACUUCAUCUUCUCCCAGUGGGUGGAGGAGAAGAUGCUCAAGUUCUUGCUGACAACGCUGGCCUGGAUUCUGGUACAUGCUAUUGAUGGAAUGGUCGCCAUCGCGUUCAACCGGGAAUUCGCACGAAAAUGUCGUGAAUCAGGAACCUCGAUCGGUAAGCGGGGAGGCACGCUCGGACGGACCGGCAAACGGAAAAUUCGUACUCCACAAGUCGACGGCACGAGCCGU